CCGUGACAUAUGAACGCUUUGUUGUGUAAUUUUUGAAAACAGAACAAAACAAACGUGCAAUUUGCAUGUAGUUGGUUCUUAAGUUUUUUGAAGUAUUCCUUCAGGUUCUAAAAUGCAUGCUUUGCAAUUUAGUAAUUUAUCACGAGCCGAUGGCUCAGUGAUUUUUUCUACGGGGGAAACAGUUAUCCAAGCUGCUGCAUAUGGUCCAACUGAAAUAAAAAUAAGCAAAGAACUUUAUGAUAAAGCAGCCAUUGAAGUUAUUUUCAAUCCAAAAGUUGGCCAAUCAGGCUGUGAGGAAAGAGUGAUCGAGAAUUUUGUAAGAAGCUCUCUGGAACCCAUGAUAAUUAAAGAGUUACACCCACGCUCUAGUAUUACUGUCAUUAUUCAAGAAAUGCAAAAUGCUGGAAAUUUGCUGGCAUGCUGUGUGAAUGCAGCCUAUUUAGCUGUUCUAGAUGCAGGCAUUCCACUCAGGGGGUCCAUAGCUGCAGUAUCCAUUGACUUGUCGGAUGACAAACUAACACCUUUUAAUUCUUCAAAAGAAAAGGAAGCUCAAAGUUGCACUGUAUGUAUAACAAAUGAAAUGAAGAUCAACGGAAUCAAAAGCUCAUUUUUUCUGACAAAAGAAACAAUAGAGAAAUGUAUAAAAACUGCUCAAAGUUCAGCUGAAAAUAUUUUUAAAAUGUAUAGAGAUGGUUGUACAAAAAGAUAUAAUAGCAAAUAAUAUCUUAUUAUGUAACUUAUUUUGAAUGUAUAUAAUAUAAAUCUCCCUACCAUUUUUA